AUGUUUCUUAUUUCUCCCUUCCCCCCAGCUUUUGCUUUGGUUUCUGAAGAUGUGAAGAAAGAAGCCAAACAGUCUAAGAAUUUGGAGAAAAGUGAUAUAUCAAAGAAAAAUGACAUAGAUUUAAAAGAAAUUGUAUUUGUCAUCCAGAGUCAAAGUAAUUCUUUUCAUGCGAAGAAGGCAGAACAGUUAAAACAAAACAUCUUAAAGCAAUCUACAGCUCUUUCACAGGAAAUGCCCACAGUGCUUCUCCUUCACCAGCUGGCUCAGCAGGAAGGCGCAUGGACCAUACUUCCGUUGUUACCGCACUUUUCUGUAAUGUAUAGCAGAAAUUCAUCAUGGAUUUUCUUCUGUGAAGAAGAGACAAGAAUACAAAUUGUACAACUCUUAGAAACACUCAGAAGAUAUGACCCAUCAAAGGAAUGGUUUUUAGGAAAAGCAUUACAUGACGAAGAAUCUACAAUAAUUCACCAUUAUGCCUUUUCUGAAAAUCCUACAGUUUUUAAAUAUCCAGACUUGGCUGCCGGCUGGGCCCUUAGUAUUCCACUGGUAAACAAGCUUACAAAGAGAUUAAAGAGUGAAUCCCUGAAAUCUGACUUCACAAUAGAUUUAAAACACGAGAUCGCGCUCUACAUCUGGGACGGAGGGAACGGACUCCCGCUCACGCCCGUGCCCGAGUUCUGUACAGACGUUGUGGGCUCCGCCUGCGCCACCUCGUUGCAGUCUUCCCUGCCGCUCUGUGGAAAUCCAUUGAAGAAGGAGGAUAUUUUUGUUGCAGUGAAAACAUGCAAGAAGUUUCAUGGUGAUAGAAUCCCCAUCGUGAAGCAGACUUGGGCAGGGCAGGCAGGUCACCUCGAAUACUACAGUGAUUACGCAGACAGCUCCAUUCCGACGGUGGAUCUGGGGAUUCCUAACACAGAUAGAGGGCAUUGUGGAAAGACAUUUGCCAUUUUGGAAAGAUUUCUAAAUCACAGCCAUGACAAAAUACCGUGGUUGGUCAUUGUGGAUGAUGACACAUUAAUAAGCAUCUCCAGACUCCGGCACCUGCUGAGCUGCUACGACGCCCGUGAACCCGUGUUUCUGGGAGAGCGUUACGGCUACGGGCUGGGCACCGGUGGCUACAGCUACGUCACGGGAGGAGGAGGAAUGGUUUUCAGCAGAGAGGCCAUCAGGAGACUUCUCGCCAGCAAGUGUCGCUGCUACAGCAACGAUGCUCCAGAUGACAUGGUCCUAGGGAUGUGCUUCAGUGGGUUAGGCAUCCCCGUGAUACACAGCCCUCUCUUCCAUCAGGCGCGGCCCGUGGAUUACCCUAAGGACUUCCUGUCUCACCAGGUUCCCGUGUCUUUCCACAAGCACUGGAACAUUGAUCCUGUGAAGGUCUACUUCACGUGGCUGGCGCCCGGUGAGGAGGACCGAGCCAGGGAGCAGAGUCGAAGAGGCCUCAGAGAGGAGCUGUGAGGCACGGGGCCCGCAGGCACGGUCGGAGGCCGAGACUCGCGCUGUCCUACUGGGCUGCGUCUCACGGCUCACCUGUGCGUGACACACGGCGUCGGAAGCGUCCUGACUGCAGGUGGACGUGUGACGUGGUCAUUUUUGAGUUGGGAGCGGGGAAGAAGUCAUAGGGAAAACAGAUUUUUUUUCUUUUCUGGGGAAAAAAAAUCACUUGCGUUGGCAUUAUGCAGUUCUUGUAAUACACAAUGAUUACUGUGUAUUUUUCAAGCUGUGAAACAGCAGCUUUAUUUCUGUCACAGAAAAAUAAAUGGUACCAGAAGUCUCCUUCCUGUCCUCGCUCUUCAUUAUAACGGAUGUGUCAGCUGGGCAUAAGGCUGGAGAGACGUGACUGUCUUCAUCAUUAUACGUAAAAUAAAGAAGAGAAGGUGUGUUGACCUGGAUCUUACCAUGGGGCCAACUUUUAAACCAUAUUAUUGAUCAAAAUGAUUUCCUGGUAACUCAGUGGGAAGACUGCUAUAUUAAGGAUCAUUCGUAAAACAUCGUGAGAGUCUAGCAAAUGAAAAAAUCCCCUGGAGUCUGUAAUCAGGGUUGUUAUGUUUUAUCUGUUUUUCUGUUUAUGCCUCAUAAAAAGAGAAUAAGAAGUCUUCUGCGAGACUUUUCUGCUUCUUUAGAGGUUCAUCUGUGUUCUAUUUCUCCCUGAAGCCCUAUCUUUAUGACCUACUUAUAAUACAAAAGUGUACUGACUGCUGCCAGAAAAAUGUUCUCAGUAUUUAAAAAACAGCGUUGUAUUUUAUUCAAGUCACUGAGCUCUGUGUAAAGUCUCAGAAAGUAUAUUAAAUUAAUUGUACCUGGUAUUUUAUUCUUAUUAUAUAUUACGUAAUGACUCCAGACUCAGAAAGGACCUCCCCAGUGUCAGGGAGGGCUGCAUGGUGAUUUGGCAACUUCCGAGGGUUCUCAAGGAAUGAAAUCUGCAAACAGUAUUUUGAAACUGCGCUCAU